AUGGAUGUAGCGACCGACCCCGUGCAGGUCGAGUCUCCAUCAUCAGUCACCAAGGCCACUUCGUGGGCCUCUCUGCCAGUUGAAGUACGCCAAAUGAUACUGAGCCUAGUGGUGUUGCCUAUCUCUGGGGGGAAAUACAACGGGUUAGGCUCUCGAAAUACGAGUGUCCCGAUUGCGAUGAACCGGAGGAUGAGCAACAACAUGAUAUUCACAACGUGUAUUCAGUCUCUACUGGGUACUCUCAAACUCUGGAACCCCGCGAGGCAUGGGGCAGAGGGGCUGGCACUGAUGCUGUCUGCUUCCUCGCCCAGCGAUACAGAGCAUCGGUUUAAUCGAUGCGAAAUUAAGGAUGGUUAUCCAUUUCACUACGCCGAAGAUCUAGAUCUUGCACCUGGAAUUGUUGAUUUCCACCGGGCGAACAUUGCUGAUCCAUUUACCCGUCAUUUUCAUCGCGGCUGCCCUCCGCCGUUGUACAGCGAGCAUGUCAAAAGGGUUCAGGGGACUUCUCUCCGUUUAGAACCACGAAGGGAUGGGCAAGGCCGCUUUAUCAGUCAAUACAAGAGUCUUCCUGCCGUGCCCAUCAUCAAAGGACUGAUCAUGUGCAGACAGUUUCGCAGGGACUUUCACGUAAGGACACUGUCAUUGCUACUUGAUCAAAGUUUUGUGGCAUUGGAGUGGUUCCACUUCGAGAGGACUAUGUCACCGGAGCGCCAUAAGCAAGUUUCCUUUGAUCAAGGUAUGAAACGCGGACCAGUCUUUACGUGGGAAAUUCCCAAAAUUGAGCGCGGUGAUGGUCUCGAAGAAUUAAGAUCUGAAGUUUCCUCACAUGCUCAAGCUUACCUACCUAGGGAAAUGGCAAAGCUUUCUCAAAGGCUAGAGCAGUUCUGCCCGCCAUGGCAGAUGGAUACGGCUACCUUUCUUCAGUCUAUUAUUCAACAAAGAGAAUCGCCCAAGAUGUUUAACAGCUCCCUAAAACGCAUAAUCCUGCGUUGUUUGCUUUCAAACUCAGACAGAAGCAGACAAGAUUUCGAAUCGCUUGUAAUUCUCGCAGCUAAAGCGGCUCUGUCGCUUCCCCAGCUGGAAGUCAUUGAGCUUUGGGGUACCUGUCUUGACGGACAGGAAUGCAGCGCAUACAUCUUCCGAUACAGUUAUGAAGAUGGUCGAGCCAGUAUCGUUUGGAGGAGUUGUGAAGAGACCCUGAUGGUUCAGGCGCGGAUUAUCGCCAAGUGGGGUGAGGUGGCCCAGAAACUCUCGCACUCGACUUUCGCAUACAACGUUGUCCCAUUUGCAGAGACGAAGGCAGAUAUUUCCAAUUCGGAUGGAACCUGCAUAUAUCAACAUCUACUGCUUAAAGAUUUAGUGUUUGAUCCCAUUACGCAGAUCAUCCUGGAGAACGAGCCUUAUGAAUGGAGCUUAGGCAAGAAAAGCGAUUCAUCGCAGCAGGGAAAUCUUCUGAAUUCAAAUCUCGCAAGUCCAAAUUCAUUGAGUGGCGAUCAAUUAAUGUAUGCCCUUGGGCCGAAUGUUGACCUUGCGUUACUGCAAGCCGAUCUUAUGGCUUUUGAUGCUGAGGUUACCGCCUUUCUCCAACAGCAUUAUGGGUAG